UGAAGCAGGAGCACUCUUGGCACUUGAUGAUGGAGAGCGCGUCCGCGCUGAAGUGAAGAAGAGCGACACUAGAAGUACCUCUUCUACCUCCGAGGCCAAGAACAAGGAAGUCGAAGAAGUAGAGAAGACGAAAACCGGAGAAGCUGAGCAAGGGCAUCUUCGACGUUCA